UUGGUUGGGAAAGUAAACAAAUUUUUCAUGAUUUGUUUAUAUUCUGAAAGUUAAAAGAAAUGGAAUCAAAUAUUCAGGUUUUUCUUCUGCAUGAACAUAAAAAAUAUCUUGACGGAACAGCAGAAUUGAUAAAUACUUACUGGUCAAGGAGUAAGGCUGCAAGACUGUGGACAUUAGAAAAAUCAUGUGAUAAACUUCCAUGUAGUAUAAUUCUAGUACUGACAGAGAAUGGUAAAGAAGAGGUCAUAGGUCACAGUCGAAUUUUGGAAGCUCAAGGUGUAGAUAAUGCCUGUUAUGUUGAAACAGUGGUUGUAAAAUCAGAUUUACGAGGUAGAGGUUUUGGUAGAAGAAUGAUGGAAGAAUCAGAAAAAUUUGCUAGUUGUAAGGGCUAUAAACAGAUGUUUCUAAAUACAAUUGAUAAAGAAAAGUUUUACAGUCAUCUAGGUUAUACAGAAAGCCAUCCUGUUAUUACAUUAGGAGCUAAUGCCAGUAAACUACCUCAACAUAUGAUAGACAAAUUAACACAAUCUACAACCAGAUGUACAAAAAGUACACCUACCCUACCUCCCUCAACAGCCACUACUCUACCACCACCAUCAAAUACAGUUGCUGCUCCUCACCAUCCGAACCCAAAUGGGUUUACUACUGUGGCCCCACCUCCACCCCCUCCCCUACCUCCUACAUCAAAGAAAUGUCAACCAACAGAAGGAUGUAAUAGACAUGUAAUGGAACUGUGUUGUGAUCCAUCUAAAGUAACUUGGAUGAGAAAAGAUUUAAUCCCUAAAGUAUCUUCCUAAGCUAUAUUAAAUUAUAUUUAUAGCAGGUCUUUCAUGAGUUAACAACAGGUUUAACACCUCAGCCUACGGCCUCUGUGAUUAACGAAUGAAGCGUGCUAUAAAUAACUUGUAACAUUUACACCUGCUCAACAUGCUCGUUGUUAUUGCACAGAAAAACCCACCCCACUUCUCUAUAUGAUUUCUACUUAAACUGGCAUGGACAAGUAAAAGUGUGCAAUAACAUUGAAAAUGUCUAGUUAUUGCACAGUUGAGCUCCAGCCAGUCUACUAGAGGAAAACAAUCUGCUUAUUCAACGAAAAGAACAAAGUAGGAUUUCCCAUCCAUGUUACAAGAAUAAUUAUCUUUGUCACUCAAGAGCACAAUGUGCAACCCUUGAUAUGAAUUUUAAAAAUUAAAUGAAGUAAAUCGGUUCAGUAGUCUCAUUGAUCCACCUUUCUGCUAGUACUGAAAUGGGUUAAAGUGUGGUUAAACUACAUUUGGUACAAAUUUUGACUCAUAGCCUUUUAAGUUACGCUCAUACUGGGUAUACUAAAGUAAAGUUUCUUAAAGAUAAAAAUAUUAAUAUUAAGUGCAAAGCCGUUUUGUGAUGAAAUGAAUCCUGAUUACAUAGAACAGCGAAAACCCUCAAAAUGAACAAUAUGAUCAUUAAGUUUAAUACAUGGAUUUUUAUAACUGUGCCUAAUUUAUUCUGAUUGUCAAUCACUUAUGUUUAUGAUAUAUUAUAUAUUUUUUAAAUGAGUCUAUACAUAUUUGUAUUAUGAUUGGCUUUAGCUAAAGUCCUUCUAUCUAGAAGUCAAAUUUGAGAUAAUUGGUGUAUGCCAUCAUCGAGAAUUUCAAAAUCACUCAACAACUAUUUUAGCUUAAGUAUGACGUAUGGAUUGUUAGCGUUGUGAUCAGAUGUUGCAUUUAGAAUUGCUACAUUUAAGUGUAUUUCUCAAAUCAACCAUAUAAGCAGCAAAAGAAACCUCAGGCUGGUAUGUUACUCUGAAUAGAGCAUUGCAUAAAACUUGCCAUAUGUUUUUAUUGUAUAUUUGUGACCACAUCUCCAACUUUACCUGAGCAAUAAGGCUCCUUCCUAAACACAGAAUUGAACCCAGGAAAUGUUCUCAAAAAUACCAUGACUCAUGACAGGUCAGAGGAAACAGGUGCUUGGAAGACUUGCCAAUAACUUCCAGGUCAAUGUUCGGACCAUCUACAGGCUUCAGCAACGCUUUUGGGCCACCAACACCACGGAUGAUCGCCUCCGAACUGGUAGACCAAUGGUUGCCACAAGGCGACAAGACGGCCAUGUUGUGCGACAGCACAUGCAGAAUCCCUUCACACAGCCAUCUGAGACAGCACGUGAGACAGUGAGAACACACGGAAGACCCAUCAGUACCGAUACAGUGCGCCGACGUCUCACCAGAGAGAACAUCCAUUGCAGUAGAACUUAGCACGGACUCUCCUCGCCAUCGACGUCAACGUCUACAGUUUGCUCAACAACACCAGAACUGGCAACACAGGCAAUGGAUCGUCUGAUCCACUUCAUGUACAGACGCUGCGCUGCUGUGCUGCUGUUAUUGACACUCGCGGUACUGAUACUGAUGUAUAGACUGUGUACAGACUCUAAACCUUCUCGUAAUGUGUUGGAAUUGUGAUGAAUUAAUCACUUAAUGUGUCAACAUACUGUUCACAAAAAAUUGCUUUGAUCCAUUUAGUAAGUCUUUUUCUAGAAUGAUUUGAUUAAAGUGCCUCUCUGAUUUUGAAAUCGUACUGAGGUUUUUUUUUUGCUGUUUAGUAUAUAAAAGUCCUGCAAUUCUA